GGGCGGUCCCUCACGUGACCAGCGGCGUAACGCGACGGCGCCUGUGGCUCAUUGCGGUGCGUUCGCGGCCUAGUUGCCUUUGCCGGGUUUAGAGGCGUCGCGAGGGAAAGGCCUCGUUUCCUCCGGCAGCGCUUGCGGUUACUGCUAAAAAUGUCUUUUCCGCCUCACUUGAAUCGCCCUCCUAUGGGUAUCCCAACACUUCCACCUGGAAUUCCACCUCCACAAUUUCCAGGUUUUCCUCCGCCUGUACCUCCUGGGACACCGAUGAUUCCUGUGCCAAUGGGUAUUAUGGCUCCUGCACCAACUGUUCUGGUCCCAACUACCGUGUCAAUGGUUGGAAAGCAUAUGGGAGUUAGAAAGGAACAUCCAGGUCUAAAGAACAAGGAAAAUGAUGAAAACAGUGGUCCCACUACUACUGUUUUUGUAGGCAACAUAUCUGAAAAGGCUUCAGACAUGCUUAUACGACAGCUUCUUGCCAAAUGUGGCUUGGUUUUGAGUUGGAAGAGAGUUCAAGGAGCAUCUGGAAAACUUCAAGCCUUUGGGUUCUGCGAGUAUAAAGAACCAGAAUCCACACUACGUGCACUCAGGCUACUACAUGAUCUCCAAAUUGGAGAAAAGAAACUUCUUGUGAAAGUUGAUGCUAAGACGAAGGCUCAGCUAGAUGAAUGGAAAGCGAAGAAAAGGGCUUCCAAUGGGAACACCAGGCCAGAAACUACAACUGAGGAUGACGAAGCCCUCGAUGAAGAAGCAAAGAGAAGAGACCAGCUAAUUAAAGGGGCCAUUGAAGUGUUAAUACGGGAAUAUUCCAGCGAGCUCAAUGCCCCCUCCCAAGAGUCUGACUCUCAUCCCAGGAAGAAGAAAAAAGAAAAGAAGGAGGAUAUUUUCCGCAGAUUUCCAGUGGCCCCACUGAUACCCUAUCCACUCAUCACCAAGGAGGAUAUAAAUGCUAUUGAAAUGGAAGAAGAUAAAAGGGACCUGAUAUCCCGAGAGAUCAGUAAAUUCAGAGAUACGCACAAGAAAUUGGAGGAGGAAAAAGGCAAAAAGGAGAAAGAGAGACAAGAAAUUGAAAAAGAACGGCGUGAAAGAGAGAGGGAGCGGGAGCGUGAAAGAGAAAGAAGGGAGCGUGAAAGAGAGAGGGAGAGAGAGCGUGAAAGAGAGAAGGAAAAGGAACGGGAGCGUGAACGAGAACGGGAUAGAGAUCGGGACCGGACUAAAGACAGAGAUCGGGACAGGGAAAGAGAUCGAGACAGAGACCGCGAAAGAAGCUCAGACCGAAAUAAAGAUCGGAGCAGAUCUAGAGAGAAAAGCAGAGACAGAGAAAGGGAGCGCGAGAGAGAACGGGAGAGGGAACGGGAGCGAGAGAGGGAACGGGAGCGGGAAAGGGAACGAGAACAACGGGAGAGAGAGCGAGAGAAGGACAAGAAAAGGGAUAGAGAAGAGGAUGAAGAAGAUGCGUAUGAGCGGCGCAAACUGGAAAGGAAGCUCCGUGAAAAGGAAGCAGCUUAUCAAGAGCGUCUUAAAAACUGGGAGAUCAGAGAACGGAAAAAAGCUAGAGAAUAUGAAAAAGAAGCUGAGAGGGAGGAAGAAAGGCGAAGAGAAAUGGCAAAAGAAGCUAAGCGUCUAAAAGAAUUUCUAGAAGAUUAUGAUGAUGACAGAGAUGAUCCAAAAUACUACAGGGGAAGCGCUCUACAGAAGCGAUUGCGAGAUAGGGAAAAGGAAAUGGAAGCAGAUGAAAGAGAUAGGAAAAGGGAAAAGGAAGAACUGGAAGAAAUCCGGCAACGUCUUCUUGCAGAAGGACACCCAGAUCCAGAUGCAGAGCUACAGAGGAUGGAACAAGAGGCUGAAAGGCGUCGACAGCCACAAACCAAACAGGAGCCAGAAUCCGAGGAAGAGGAGGAGGAAAAGCAAGAAAAGGAAGAGAAGAGGGAAGAACCUGAAGAAGAGGAGGAAGAGCCAGAGCAAAAGCCCUGCCUUAAACCAACCUUGCGACCCAUCAGCUCUGCCCCAUCUGUUUCUUCAGCAAGUGGCAAUGCAACUCCUAACACUCCUGGGGAUGAGUCUCCCUGUGGUAUUAUCAUCCCACAUGAAAACUCGCCAGAUCAGCAGCAGCCAGAGGAGUACAGGCCUAAAAUAGGACUUAGCCUCAAAUUGGGUGCCUGCAAUAGUCCUAACCAGCCCAAUGCCGUGAAAAGAAAGAAACUCACUGUGGACAGUGUCUUCAAUAAGUUUGAGGAUGAAGACAGUGAUGACAUGCCUCGAAAAAGGAAACUGGUGCCCCUAGAUUACGGUGAUGAAGACAAAGGCUCCUCCAAAGGCAGCGUCAAUACUGAGGAGAAGCGCAAGCACAUUAAGAGUCUAAUUGAGAAAAUUCCCACAGCCAAACCAGAACUCUUUGCUUAUCCUCUUGACUGGUCUAUUGUGGAUUCAACAUUAAUGGAACGUCGAAUUAGACCAUGGAUCAAUAAGAAAAUAAUAGAAUAUAUUGGUGAAGAAGAAGCAACGCUAGUUGACUUUGUUUGUUCAAAGGUUAUGGCUCAUAGUUCACCGCAGAGCAUCUUGGAUGAUGUUGCUAUGGUGCUAGAUGAAGAAGCUGAAGUUUUUAUAGUCAAAAUGUGGAGGUUAUUAAUAUAUGAAACGGAAGCCAAAAAGAUUGGGCUGGUGAAAUAAAGAAUCCCUUUUUGUUUUGGGGGCUCCAUUUCAACUUUUGUUCUGCAUCACUGAAGAACUUUGAAGUUUCUCUGUCUUCAAGAGACAUUUGUGAGACCUGUAUUUUUUAAAUGUAGAAAAUGUGAAUUUUUUUUCAUCUUGUUACACUGAGGUCCCCUCUCCCUCCCUCCUGCCCUCACCCCAGCUUCCUUGGUUGUAAUUAUCUGACUUCUGCAUUGGUGGUUUUUCACUCACCAGGUACAGUUACAGGUAUUGUUUCAUAAACUACUGCAGCUGCUGUACACAGUCUCUGAUAUUCAUCUUCCAAACUGUUCCUUGUAAAUAUUAAGAAGACCCAUGUUUUAGAAACAUCUGUGCUCACCACAAACCAAAAUAAUUGAAUUUUAUGUAAAUACACCAACCUUUUCUUUCCCUUCUCCAUUUUAAAAUAUUAGAAUAAACUUUAAAAUUCUAAAAAUGGAUGGGAGUCAUUUUGUUGGCACACAGUUUUCAUCUGCAUGGAUAGGGGAUCAUUCUCUUGUUGGACUUUAUAAUAUUUCUAGAGGAAUCUAUAGAAAAACAUGGUGGACUUGCUUCAACUCAGGCAUCCUUGUAAAGCCAUUGAUAAAUUUCCUCCUGCUUGUUACAUGAGGCCUUUUGUUCAGUUACGGUGGUGACAGAAUUUCAUAGUUGCGUUUUUAAUCAAGGAUAACUAGUGCAUAAAUUUAUUUAAUUUUAGCUUCCUACUAAUACAGACUUCUAAAAUAUUCUUUUUUAUUAUUUAAAAUAAAAUCCAUAGACAGGUUUGGGAAACUUGUGGAUAGAAAAGGUUUAAAAAUGUAACUUGAGCACAACAGUUUACAAUGUUAAAAUCAUAUGCUUUUGAACAAUGGAGAAAUUUGUUUUUAUGUAAGUCAUCAGGUCAGUUGUGACUUUCUUUUUGUACUGUAAGCUGUCUGUCGGAUAGAGGAUGAUAUUUCUUGUCCUCUUACUCUGUAUGAGUUUUAUACAUAUGCUGAUGUGGUAUCAAUAACAAUGUACUGUAAACUGCGUUUUUUAAAAUCUUCACAAGUAGAAAGACUACGCUAUGGGCCUUCUUGAUUGCAGGAUGAACACUUUCCAGGAAGCAACAAUUCUCACUUUUUAAAAUACUGCUCUUCUGAUAUCUCUUUACCUGAAGGAUACUGGUUGACCUAUUUAGGAGGUAUAACCAUGACACUGAGUUACUGAGUACAGGCAUUAUAAGAAGACAGCUGGAAAAAACUGUUCUUAAUAAAUGGGAUCCCAUAAAUGGUUCCACCAUGUAAAUAUUUCAGAUAUUAAAAAUGUAUAUAUUUGAUCUGGAUUUUGAUUAUUUAUGUUUCAAAAUAUACUACUACUAUUUCAUUUCUGGAAGUAAUGGAUUAGUUGGCUUGUUGAUCUGGCAAAAACUUCCCAGUAUGGAAAUAUAGCUUCAAAUUCUGCACACUGGCCAAACUGUAGAGUAGUGUUGAUUUGGAUCUAGAAUAAGCUGGUUGCACUUGAGCAGGCACCCCCAAACUGCGGCCCUCCAAAUGUUUUGGCCUACAACUCCCACGAUCCCUAGCUAACAGGACCAGUGGUCAGGGAUGAUGGGAAUUGUAGUCCAAAACAUCUGGAGGGCCGAAGUUUGGGGAUGCCUGCACUUGAGUCUGUUGAAAUCAAGUUAGUCAUGUUAGUCAUGACUAACGGAAGUCCCUAAAUACAAUUUGUUAAAUUUGUAGCCUACGUUUCCACCAAAUGUUGCGGUGACUAACAGUAAUAAUUUAAAUAGAGUACAAUAAAACACCAACAAAAUAUGAAUUGAAAUAAAAACAAAGUUGCCAAACUUAAUCUAGAUCCCACCUAGUGAAUUGUAUUGUUACAAUUACUGGGGGUGGGGAAAAGGAACGGAAUCUCAAGAAUGAGAACCAUACCACUUCUAGGAGACAAAUUAUAUGUAUUGACCUGUUACACAAUGAUAGAAGUGGCAGCCUAACUAAUCAAAGAACAAUAAAAAACUGAAUAAUAAUGGUCUGUUUUACCAUAACCCUUCACAAAAAGGGAAAGGGCCAUAACGAGCCUAGCAUUUCCAGGCAGGAUCCAGCUGAACUGGAGAGUUGCUGUCAGGCAUUUCUCAAUCUGAUGCCCUUCAGAUGUGUGAGAUGAUGACUCCUGUAAUCUGCUGAUCAUUGACCAUGCUGCCUGAGGGUGAUGGUUUACAGUCCAAUCUGGAGGGGGCACCAGGUUGGGGAGGCCUAUGCACGAUGAACAAGUGGCCUAACUACUAUAAAGCAGCUUCUAUGUUUGGUUUAUCAAAAAAGCAAGACUGCACAUUUGAAAACGAGACUACAUGCUUGAUACGUAUGGACAUACAAUGCUAAAUUAGCAACAAGAGGGCAGCAAUAUAAAGGAUUCAUCCAGUUAAUUGCUAAAUGAAAGCUCUCAACAAGAGUAGAUUAAAUUUUCUGAAUCUUAACGAGACUGAAUCAUAACUUCAUAAGCAGAAGACUUAGUAGGAUUGAAAAUUUUCCUUAGAAAAGAUGUAAACUACAGAUUCCAUUUUAAAAAUGUAUCAGUUCUCAUAAUAAAAGGUAAAGCCAAAGUUAGUUGCAUGGCUCCCUGGAGUUGAUGUUGUUGGUAACAUUAAUCUCAUCAUCAAAAUUACAGUAACAGUUUGCAUCCUAACCAGCAAAUAACAAGUCGAGAGCAACAAAAAUAUACAACUGAAAAAAUGAAUUUUAAUGCAACUCCCAACCAUCUGCUGAAACAUGUUUUUAACCCAUUUACAAGAAUUCAGAGCAGAAUUGACCUGAAAGUGUCUUUUAUUGGUCCCUUUUUUUUUAGCAGACAUGUAACUUGUGUAUUUGUUUUAGAACUACUGAUUUUACCUAUGUUUGAUAACAUUUUCUGUCUUAUUGUUUUCAAAGUUUUAUUUCACUGGCAUUUUAUUACAACUAUAUUCUAUGAAAACCACGUGGGAGUGGCAUACAUAUUGUAAAAUAGAAAUAAAUAGAUCAGAGAGGGGCAAUAGUUCAUCAUCCCAACUUGGCCAUGCAUGCAUCUGAUGGGAGUUGGAUACCAGCAACAUCUGCAGAACCGUAAGUCCCCCACCACUUAUUUUAUAUAAAAGGUUUUUCAAGGUGUGUAUUAACACAAGGAUAUUGGUUUAUAAGAGGUGCUGAGAUAAUAACUUAGGUUUUUCAAAUGCCUUGGACUACACUUCCCAUCUCUAGCCAGCAGGGCCAGUAGUUGGAGAUUAUGGGAGCUGUAGUCCAAAAUUUAAGUUUAUGCAGUGUCUUCCAAGUUGUGGGACCCUUGCUUAUUUGUAUGCUCCUCACUUUAGAUCGGGGUAGAUUUGUCUAGCUGAUAGUUGGGUCAAGUUCACGCACUAGUAGUCACAGCUGUAGCAACAUAAACUGGAUACCUUGUACAUCUUAAAACAUAACAAAGAUUAUCUAAAACUAUGAAGGCAGUCCUUAUUCCCAAACUCAAAAUGUAUUGUAGGUUAGGAUGUUGAAAGCCAUGAGGCUUGUUUGUACAUUACUUUAAGCUCUUGCAUGCAUGAGAAUCACCACCACAGACAAUCUACAGAGUUGUGUCUACAUGUAAAUAGCCUUGUAUUGAUUGUGAAACGUCAGGAGCAAGAGGUAAGCGGACCCCUUGCAGUGCUCAUCUCGCUUUACUGGGCGAGGGAGCCGGCGUACAGCUUCCAGGUCAUGUGGCCAGCAUGACUAAGCCGCUGCACGGAAACGCCCCGCCAGAGUGGUACCUAUUUAUUUGCACAUUGGCAUGCUUCCGAACUGCUAGGUUGGCAGGAGCAACUGAACAGGAGCUCACAGAGAUUCGAACCACCGACCUCCUGAUCGGCAAGCCCUAGGCUCUGUGGUUUAACCCACAGUGCCACCCAUGUCAGAGUAAAGCAGGGGUCAAAUCCCCAGUUAAGCAUGAAGCUCACUAGAUGACCUUGGGCCCUCACUGUUUCUCAGCCAAACCCACCUCACAGGGUUGUGAGGAUAAAACGAAGAGGGGGACCAUAUACAUUACCCUGAGCUUGGAGGAAAGGUGGGGGUAUAAACGUGAUAAUAAAAUAAAAUAAACCUUGUCUCAUAGAGCAAAUGUAGCAAGUGGCAGAGGUAAGAUACUAAUGGCUGUGGCUCCUAAACUGCUAAGGCAGUUGUAAUCUUCUGCACGCUACUUGAAAGUAAUCCUAACUGAAUAGGAUUUUAGUGUCAACAUACAUGUGUAUACAUAGGGUCGGGCUGCAAAAUAAAGUGGGUGUGUACCAAAGAUGUGGACUUUGAAGACGCUUGAACUCAGGACGAAAGGUAGAAAUGCGCUAAGAGGAAGGCACGUUUGGCAAACCCUCACCAUGAUAAACUCCCACCCGGAAACCUAUGUCCCCACUGUGGAAGGACGUGUGGAUCCAGAACUGGCCUCCACAGUCAAUUACGGACUCCCUGUUAAGACCGUGUUUAUGGAAGACAAUCUUACUCGGCUACGAGUGAUAGCCAAAGAAGAAUCGCAUGGGAUCUACCCUAGCAAAGGAGCGAAUUCUCUGUUUAUCCUCUACCAACAGAGCUAGUAUUUUCUCUCGGCCAAAUUAAACCCAAUGCGCAGCCCUUCAAAAAGAACGCAGCUGGUUUUGAGCUUUAAUGUAUUUACGUAUUAUCCGCUUUUUGCGCCAAUACAACCUGACCAACCUUAGCUACUAGCCACCUACACUU